AAUCAACAGGAACAAGACAUGGAAGCUGAAGACCCAUUUUUCAACACCCAACAACAAGUACAUUCUUUUGAGACACGACCCCAUUAUGAUUGGAAUCCUUCUCAAGAAUUAUCGCAACUAUUGAGAUUGGAAUGUAAUUUAUUUUCAGGUCCAGGAAUGUCGGACAACCAACGUAAACAAUUGAUUGAAAGAUAUCCUGCCAUCCAAGGAGUCAAUUAUCAACCACCCGCUACCAUUCCUGAAGCAUAUGCCAGAAUGAGUUAUGAUCAAACAAGGGAAGACAAAAUGCUCAAGCACCAUCAAUAUGUUACUUCAGCAAUAUUCAGGCCUUUGGAUAUCUUGGCACAUGAGAUUAGUUCUGAAAUUGACAAUCCAAACGUUCACAGAUAUUUGCAAAUCAUCAAUGAUAUUAGACAUUUAGUUUUGCAUGCUAAUUACGAUUUGACAGACUCUAGAAAAAACAUUGCACUCAAGGCAAUCAAUCCAAAUUUUAGAUUAUCUGCUGCAAACAAUACAGACUAUAUUAUGGCACAAGACAAGUUUCAUAACUUAAUAAACAAUCAAUUCAGUACAGCAAAGGCCUUGCAAGCAGCUCAAAAGUUCAACAAGAAG